GAAAGAGCUGUUGCAUGGGACUUUACCUCGUUCAUGUUCGUCUACAUGGGUGGAAACUUGUAAACUGACUGAAAACUAUGCUCAUGACGUAGUUUCUCUUGUAAAUGUUGGAUACCAUAAACUAUUGCCAACCGCUCUGAUGGCGAUAGGAAGGUAUAAAUCUAGGCUCAUCGUUUUGUUGGUAUUUAUCAUCAGUUCAGGCCUGUAUCUGGCCAUGAAAGGCUCGUCGAGGUGGAGUGGUCACUCCGGUCAGUACAAACUCCAGGAUGAAAAUCAAUUACAAGACAAACGGGAAGUAAGUUCCUUUCUCUCUGGAUCCCUUUACAUACAACCUGUGAUCAUCUAUAACGAGUCCAUGACCGAUGCGGGACCGAGGUAUGAAUGCACAAAGGACGAGGUGAAUGAGGACAAUGUUGAUGAGGACGAGUUGACUCUCUACGGGAAACCAGUUUAUGCAAAGAAUAAAACUGUGUUAUACCUGAGCAUGCCUAAGUGUGGAAGCCGUACUUUCGUGUGGACGAUAUCUUUGUUACGGCACGCGCAUCAUUUCGGUAAACCAGUCAACAUUCAAUACUUGCUCGGGAAGCGUCACGUCUCCAAAGUUAGGAAGCAUCUUUCUUCCAAACUGCUGGAAGCUGAAGAUGGAGCUAUCCUGCAUGGCCAUUACCGCUAUAUCAACAUGAAUCGUUCGCCCGAGAAGCCCAUCUUGAUGAGCAUGAUCCGUGACCCCAUUGACCGAUUCGAGUCUCAUUUCUACUUCAUAAGACAUGGGGACCUGGACAUGAGCAAAGAAGUGCUCCAGAAAAACAUCAAGGCCGACUCAAAUAUGGCACUUCCAAACGAGACGCUAGAUGACUGCGUUGAGAAGGAAAGACAAGAAUGUACACUCAGCUUAUACCGUAAUAUGUAUAUUACAUCAUUCUGCGGCUACGCCCCAGGAUGCAGGUAUCUAUACCUCUAACUCGCUUUAAGCUCGCGUUAAGCUCACUGCACACUAUACAAUCCCACUACGACCUGACUACGAUCUGAUGUUGUUAGAAAUGUCAGUUAUGUGGACAGUCGAACAUGCAAACUCUAUCAAGUUCUGAAUAUUCAUACUAUGAAUAGCUAAAUGAAA